AUGGCAGCGCGGAAGCGGAAGGCGCGGGCGAUGGCGGCGGGCGGCGCGGCGCUGUGGGGGCGGCUCUCGGCCUGGCUGCCGCGGGGCCGCCUCGGCCUGGCCGCGCUGCUCGGCCGCCUCUCCGACCGCCUCUCCCGCGGUCGUGACCGCCGCGCCCGCAGGUCAUCAUGGCUCCUUCUAGCCCCACUACUCACCCCUCCUGUUCCAGUGAUCACAGCCCCACCGUGUACCCUCUGUCCAGAAGGAGCACACAGGUUCCAGUGGAUUAGGAAUCUGGUCCCAGAGUUCGGGAUCUCCAGCUCGCAUGUCAAGGUGCUUUCAUCCCCGGCGGAAUUCUAUGAGCUCCUGAAGGUGCAGAUAAAAGCAGCCAAGCAGCGGAUGGUGAUGGCCUCACUGUACCUGGGAACAGGACUUCUUGAGCAGGAGCUGGUGUAUUGCUUAGAAGAAACACUGGAGAAAUCACUGCAAGCAAAAGGCUCGUCUGACCUCAGAGUUUCCAUUCUCCUUGACUACACCAGGGGUUCCCGGGGCAGGAAGAAUUCUCGAACAAUGCUGAUCCCAUUGCUGCAGAGAUUUCCCGACCAAGUCCGUGUGUCCCUCUUCCACACCCCAAACCUGCGUGGACUUCUCCGGCUCCUGAUUCCAGAGCGUUUCAAUGAGACCAUUGGGCUACAGCACAUCAAGGUCUAUCUCUUCGAUGACAACGUGAUCCUGAGCGGUGCAAACCUGAGUGAUCUGUACUUCACCAAUCGUCAGGACCGCUAUGUCUUGCUGCAGGACUCUCCUGAGAUUGCAGACUUCUUCACGGAGCUUGUGGACGCGAUUGGGGAUGUGUCCCUGCAGUUACAACAGGAUGAUACAGUCCAGAUGAUGGAGGGAAUGGUACACCCAUACCAGGGAGACAAAGUGGCUUACUGUGAGAUUGCCAAGCGGAAGGUCAUGGAGGUCAUCAACUCUGCCCGCACACGGCAAGAGCUCCUUCAUGCAAAGACUUUCCACAGCAGCCAGCCAGGCAGCUCCCUCUUAUCCCAGCAAGGCUCUCAGGCAUCUGGGAGUCUGAAGCCAGAACCUGACACCUGGAUCUAUCCCUUAAUCCAAAUGAAACCUUUUGGGAUUCAAAUAGACGAGAUGGUCACAGAGACACUCCUGACAGAGGCUGAGCGGGAUGCCAGGAUAUACCUCACCACUGGCUACUUCAACUUGACACAGGCCUACAUGGACCUCAUCCUGGGCACAAGGGCCGAAUACCGGAUCCUCCUGGCCUCGCCAGAGGUCAAUGGGUUUUUUGGUGCCAAAGGGGUGGCUGGUGCUAUCCCUGCUGCCUACGUUUACAUUGAACAGCAGUUUUACAGUGAGGUCUGCUGCCUGCAGCAGCAGGAGAGAGUGCAGCUACAGGAGUACUCCCGUGCUGGGUGGACCUUCCAUGCCAAAGGCCUCUGGCUGUACCUAGCAGGGAGUGACCUGCCCUGCCUGACCCUGAUUGGCUCUCCAAAUUUUGGGUAUCGAUCAGUUCAUCGUGACUUGGAAGCUCAGGUUGCAAUAGUGACAGAAAAUAAAGCCUUGCAGCAGCAGCUCCAUCAGGAGCAAGAGCAGCUUUACCUCUGCUCAGGUGUGGUCUCAACAUCAACGUUUGAGCAGCCAAGUCGUUACGUGAAACUGUGGGUGAAGCUGGUGACACCUUUGAUCAAGAAUUUCUUUUGAAAGAAGAAAAGUUGCUGCUUUGGGUUGAAGGUCCAGACGUAGGUGGGCCCUCGCAUCCGUGUCUUGUAGACGGGACAUUCGUAGACGUUGAUGGUGUCCAUGCGGUCCACGGGGAUGGCUCUGAGCAGGAUGACCGGCAUCUCGGGCGUCAGCUCCUUCAUGCGCGCGUCGGCGAUGGAGCCCGCGGGGACGUCCCAGCGUGCACCUGCAGGGGCCACAGGUGUCAGGGGACCCUGAUACUGCUGCAGGCUGCUCCCCGAGGGCCCUUCUUCACAGCUACUCAUGGCUGGGAGCUCAGAGGUUAAGGUUGGGUGGAGUGGCUCAGUGGUGGUAGUCUGACAUGUUCUCAUCUCACUGUGACCCAGGACUGCAUUUGCCUUACUGUGUGUGGGAUGUCUGAAUAAAUUCUGUCCCCACCCUUCCCUUCAGCACGGCUUUAUGUGGGAAUUGCAGAGUUCAAGGUGAACUGGCUGUAGUGGGAUCUGUCACAUGGUGUCCCACAUGCUCUCUGCUUUUGUCGAAGUGGACCUUUCAGCUGCUUUGCUGAACUGCCUCCUUCCCUCUCAUUAGCAGUAAUUACCAUGGAUUUAAGUUUCUCAAUUUGUCUUACUCGAGCAUCUGCUAUGCUUGAGUACAUAUGUAUUCACUAGAGCCCUGUAGCUCCAGGAGCCCCAGGGUUCAUGGGCUGGAGCCUAAAUUGCUAAAACACAAAUUUCUGGUUUGGAAAGGCUGUGUGAUCCGGGCAGUGCUGCCCUCAGCUGGCGGCUGAGCCUGGACCCAGGUGGACCCAGAUGGACCCAGGGCUCCCUGCUCUGAGCUGCCACCAGUGUGGGCAGAGCAGACCAGCCAGCAAGUGCUGACACUGCUCGGCUGCACAAGGGACACGUGCUGAGCUGGGCCUACUCCGUGUCUGAAACACCUCAGAGAUGCAGUUUUUACCUUCCAUGAACAGCCCGUGCACGUAGGAGCCUUCUCUAGGGGGAAAUGUUAUUUCCUCACGGGUUUUCUUGGUCACAUCCACUGCCAGACACAUCUUAUCCAGUGGCCACUGCUUUUUCCUGGCUGUGGACUGCAUGAUGGCUGUGAGGAAGGACUGGGGGUUGAAGAAUCCUGCCAGCCACACUGUUGCAGGUAGCACAAAAUCUGUUGACCAGACUUCCAGUUCCUGGAAAAUAAACCAGCAGAGUCCCUUAGG